AUGGGCUGGAUCAUCCCCGGUGUAGCUUCAGGAAAUGGAUGGACGUACAACGUCUCGUACAACCCAUUGUUCGUAAGCUACACCGAGGGCGGUACUCAGGGUCUUGAGCUUGUGUAA